UAGUGACAUCAUUUUGCUACAGUAUGGCACAGUUGUGUGAUUAAAAGCAGUGUGUGGUGAUUACGCUUAAGUUACAUUACAAAAACUUUUUUUUGUAAUGUAACAGCUGUCCGCUUCAUGAACCUUUUUCGUUGGUCCGACUGGUAGGAACUAAAAGUUUGUAUUUGCGUUUGGCCGAGCAGAAAAGAUUGCAACACCGUAGGUCAAACCGAAAAACGGACUCCUGCGCUCCCUCAGCGCCAGGCUGGGAAUCGGGUUAUGACAUGUUGUCACAGUUGGGACGCCUUGUAUCAGGGCGAUACCACUACAAACGGAGCGUGUCUUGCGGGAUGUUCCGCGAAGCCGCGGGUCGAAGCUGGUUCAGCUGCGGUGCGCUGUGUAAACGGCGGUCGCAGUUGCAGAGAAACGCCUGUCUGGAAAUGAAGCAGCGUGUCGUGCCCUGUCAGAUCAGUUCUCGCUCAGCCUCCCGGACCACAGUGGACCAUGACGAGCUGAAGAAGUUCUGGUCACUGGCCAGCAAGUGGUGGGAUGAACAUGGAGAAUUUUCAGCUCUUCAUGCGCUGAAUGAUCUGAGAGUGUCUUUCAUACGGGAUAAUUUGCUGAAUGUGCACAGAGCCCGUCAUCCAGGGAAACCACUGCUAGGACUCCGAAUCCUGGAUGUUGGCUGUGGAGGGGGCCUGCUCACCGAGCCUCUAGGUCGCCUAGGAGCUAACGUGCUGGGUAUAGAUCCAGUAGAAGACAGCAUCGGCACCGCCCAGCUGCAUGCGUCACACGACCCGGACCUUUGUGACCGGAUCUCCUACCAGGCUUGCACCGUGGAGGAGCUCUCCGCUGAAGUGGAGGGAGGAGAGGAGGAGUGUCGGUUCGAUGCUAUAGUGGCGUCAGAGGUGGUGGAGCAUCUGGCUGACCUGGAAACGUUCGCCUUCUGCUGCAGCCACAUGCUUAAGGAAGGCGGCUCGCUCUUCAUCACUACCAUCAAUAAAACCAACCUGUCAUACGCGCUGGGGGUUGUCGUGGCCGAGCAGCUGCUGCGGAUUGUUCCGAGGGGGACUCACGACUGGGAGAAGUUCAUCAGCCCAGUAGAGCUGGAGCGCCUCCUAGAGUCCAAUGGUGUCUCUGUGCAGUCUGUCAAAGGAAUGCUCUACAACCCAGUGUCCGGAGCCUGGAGCUGGACCAACAGCACUGCCAUCAACUACGCCCUGCACGCCGUCAAACAGAGGGUCCGUCCGCAGCAGGACCGGGCUGAGCACAGCGGCCCCUGACCAGAGGAGCGCGCAGCUGAGCCACAGCUCCACUGAGUUCACAGCUGCGGUGCAGCUAAUGGGAUUUAGUGUAGAGUUACAACCGCCAGUGGUCGUUGCACUGAAGACAGGUUGACUUCAACUGCUGUCACACAGCCCUUGAGCCGAUGUCACCAGGAGGUCAAAUGAUGAGGUUUGAUUGUUGACGCCUCCCUUUUAAACACCACAGCAGAGCUGUAUGAACAGACAGCUUCAGAGUUCCUGUUCACAUUCAUUAUUUUAAGUAGAUGCUGAACUGAUUCAGAAACUGUUGUGCUAUGAAACAUCCUUUAUUAAAAGCGAAUGGAUAAAAUA